AUGGAUGGGCUUACGAAGAUCAAUCAGCGUCCCCCAAACGACGGAGGCUGUGGACUCACUCACAAGCCACAGAUAUUCCGGGUCAAAUACUUCUGGGGCCUCGAAAGGAAAGACAAAACCUUGCUUGUAGCGCCUUGUUCUGGUCGAGCCAUCGAUUCUUGCGCGAAAAAUGGGGUCCACAUAAAGCAUGACAUAAUCUUGGUUGCUGGAGGCGCGUUCGUCAGGUUGACAGCGAGACUCGUUGCCGUCAGAGAGGAUACUGAACAGCUCUUUGCACCGAUAUCUCACGUGUUCCAUGUAUCAGAAGUGAACAUUUACAGACUCCCGGGCACCUCACAAAUCAAUCUGGAUACUAGCCUGCCCACACCAUGCGACAAGGAUGGGAUACGAGUCUUAUUACCUGCGUCGGUCUUUGACCCAGACUUGCUGACCACCUGGCACAACCAGAAGAUUCAUAAACAAGUUUUACUUGACGGAACCAUCGAAAAAAGGUUAAUCCAAGGACCGCCACCCCUUGAGAGCGAUAUGCCUAUCUAUCAGUUCAAAUGUUUCUGCAACGGGACCAGCCCUCUGACGAUGAAGCACAACAGCAAAGAGCCCAAAUACGUUCAUCUCGAGUACCUUCUUGAGGGGUACAAUAUCACCAUGGGAUAUCUUGUUGUGGCUGACAAAGGGAGAACGGCACUUAUCAAGGGGAGACCGGAGAGCCUUGACGAGAUUGUAUCGACAUUCACUGCUCAACCAUGGUCAACUGCUGACCGAAGACCCCUCAACUACUUCACAAUCAUGAUCGACUCCAUCGAGUGGUUCGACGUCGAGACAAACUUCAUCAGAGAUGAGCGUUGGGCCUCGAACGGACUAUGUCCAGAAAUGGCAGUAAGGAGAUCGCGAUUUUGGGACUCGAUGAAGAGUGAAUGGAGAUGA